UAUUGGCGGUACUACUGGGAUGGUAUGGCUUGUGUGCGACCGUAGUGGUGAGCACCGUAGUAAAGCAACAGUUAGGAAAGCUGGUAGAAAAAAAUCGGUUGCCCAUUUUCAUUACUCGCCAUCCGGGACGUGACGAAUGACACGUGGGAGUUAAAAGUGGACUGUGCGAACCAUAACCACGAACCUACGACGAGUCUGUUGGGCCACGCUUUUGUGCGAAGAUUUACUGAAGCCGAAUACAAGCUAGUGGAGCAGCUAACUGCUCAAAACAUGGAGCCACGUAUCAUAUUUCAAACCCUAAGAAAGCAGUUCCCCGACAGCCUGCACGUUCAGAAAGACGUGCAAAAUGCGGUACAAAAAAUUAGAGCGACAAUAAUGGACGGAAAGAAUCCUAUUCAGGCACUGGAAAGCCUGCUGCAUGACCACCGAUUCAUUUACGACACCCGACAGGAACCCAAAACAGAUGUCGUAACAGAGAUUUUCUUUGUUCAUCCUUAUUCAAUCACUAUGUGGCGUGCAUUCACGCACGUGAUGUUGAUCGACGCGACCUACAAAACAAACCUCUACAACAUGCCAUUUGUCCAGGUUGUGGGUAUGACGUCGACUGGGAAGUCUUUUUGUAUCGCACAUGCCGUUAUUUGUAAAGAACGAAGGGGUAACUACGUGUGGGUGCUUGAGCGGAUCAAGUCAAUAUUGCAUGAAUGUAUGAUGCCGCGUGUGAUAGUCACGGAUAGGGAGCUUGCCCUAAUUAACGCGUGUUCUAAAGUAUUCCCGAACGCAACCAGGCUUCUAUGCCACUUUCACAUCCAACAAAAUAUAGCUAGACAGUGCAAGAAAGGGUUCGAUAAAGAAGAUUGGGGGAAAUUUAUGACGUACUGGCGGAGAUUGUGCGAAUCUUCAUCAGAGCCCAUGUACAAGUACAACUUGGAGAAAAUGUAUAACCGACUCGUGGUUGCCAACCGAGAAAGUGUCUAUGAUUACGUCUACGAAAACUGGCUCAAAGACUAUAAAGAAAUGUUCGUUUAUGCGUGGACCGAUAAGUGUCACAACUUUGGUCAGCGCACCACCAACAAAGUUGAGAGCCAGCACGCAAAUUUAAAAAGAUACAUUACGCGCGGGAGUUCAUUGGAGCGAAUAGCAAGAUGCGUCAUUGAUAUAGUUGAAACUCAGUACGAUGAAAUACAAAAAAGUUUCACCGAGAGCAUUGAAAAAACGAUGAACCACCACAGACACCGAAUGUUGGACAACCUACGUGGAAAGGUUUCCCAUGAAGCACUUGAUUUGCUGGCAAAAGAGCUACUGAGGAAGAUGGAGGUGUUGCGGAAACUUAACGCAUCAUGUGGUUGCCAUAUGUGGCUUAGCAAUGGAUUGCCGUGUGCUUGUAGACUGGAAAACUACAAACGUACAGGGCGUAUGCUACAACUCGACGACAUAGAUGUAUUCUGGCGUAAGCUUGACUUGCUCCCAUGUAAACUGGUAGACGUGGAAGUCGAUAUUGUAGCAGAGCUCAAUAAUGUGCGGCAACAUUUAGAGGCGCAGUCCCCCGUUCAGCAAAAGAGUAUGCUUUCAAAGAUAAAAGCGGUCUUCACCCCGAAAUCGUCAACCAAGAAACCACCGAUCGUCCAGCAAAAUACUCGCGGUCGGCCUACAUCAAAGAAAGUACAAGAAAGGCUAGAUGACCAAUACGCAGCGUAUACAAAACUGGUAAACUUUUGA